UGUUGCUAUUGCCUCAUGGGAUUCAACAACUUAAAAAUUGUUGAAUAUAAUUUUUUUUUUUAAAUAUCUUAUCGGUACUCUUUUAUUUUACCCGGCGCAGGAAUGUCACGCACGGAGUUGAGCAAUUAGGUUUUUUUUUUUUCGGGACUACGAAGUGGCGUAACAAUCCUGUCGAUAAUUUUUUUUUUUGGUCCAGAAUGAAGUUCUGAUCCAUUCAGAUCCAGGCGAUUAAUUUUCUUUGACGAUCAUGUAUGUGACUGAAGCACAGUAAAAUUUAGCGUAUGGAUUGUUCUUAAUGGAUUACGGUUCACAAUCAUUUGAAUGAAUUUUAGGGGGUGGGGGAAGAAUUUUUUAGCUGAUUGUAUAGGGUAUGAGAAGGGAGGGUGGAUGGCUGCGGAAAGAUUCUGUUGAGCUGUGGCUGGGAAAUCAGUCAAAUCAGCAAAGCGAAAGCGAUGGAUUGCCCCUUCAGCAACGGCAACCAGUACACUGCGCAGCUCGGCCUGUCGAGCGCAACGCAGUGCCCCCUCGUCCUGGGCGACCCGGACGACAGGUUCUGCUGCCUCAACGACAGGGGCGCCUACUACUGCUGCGACUUGGACGAGUUUGAGAACAACUUGGGGGCGGGCAUCGUGAUAGCCAUCGCGGUGGGCACGAUAGCCAUCAUCUCCGUGCUGCUGUGCUUGUGCUGUUGCUGUUGCCCGUGCUGCUGCCUGUACAAGCGCCGGCACCGCGGCACCGUCUACGGAAAUAUGCCCCAAGCAGGGGUCCACACGACGGUGGUGCACGUGCCCCAGCCGGUGGUGGUGCCGACACAUGCGGCCGUUCAGCACGCCGGCGCCGUGCCGUCUGCACAGCCGCACACAGGCUUCUACCCGCCGACGUACGACGAGGCCACGGCUAAGCAGGCUCCCUACAACCCCAACUACUGAGGAGAUCCUCGCGAGACUGCUCCAUCUCACCCCGACAGUGUACUGUGAUCUCUCUGAACAAUAGGGACGGCUGCUCAGGAGUUGGAGGCAGUUUGGGUUUUGCCAUUGGCCUGCAUCAUUUACUAUCACUGCAAUAUCGUUAGCGUAAUGAAGGGGGAAAAGUUGCCACUCAGUGUUAUCUAUCCAAGGAUCUGAAUCUGCGUUUUAAUAUUUAAAUCGUUUAAAGGCUUACUGAAGUAAACACAUUUUGCUGGUUUAAUUACCUAAAGUUAAGUGAUAACAAGAACAUUUCGUGGGAUCUGUUUCUACUUGGCUGUGUGUAAAUCAUUUCUUCAUUUGGUUUGUGUGUUCAUUCUAUACUACCAUGUCAAUAAAACUGUCGAACAAAAAGCUUAAAUCAGUAACUUACACUAUUUCCUAAACAAGAUCAGUCAAGUGAAACUAUCCCAGACAGCCUGCCAUUUAAAACACUCAUUUUGGGAAUUUUGUUUUAUACUUACAGUAGUUUUAUUUUGCACGCAUGCGGUAUUAGUUGUGGCAUCACUAUUGUUCUAUGUAUGAGUUGGUGUAUAAUUAUUUCUACCAGUUAUAACAGAACGCUGUGUUACGGAGCUGGCUGGGAGUUGUCGCCUUGUAUUCUUCUUGUAACAGAAGUUGUUUGUAUUACCAGCAAAUAUGCUGUGGGGAACUGUUUUUUUUUUGUAUUAGCAUUUAGUAGGGACUAUUCAUAAGCAAGAGUAUCCAGAGAGAAUAUUUGACUGGAUGUUGUACUUUGUGAUACGAGACUGUUAUUGGUACUUCCACGCAUAUUAUUAAUUAGCCUGGAUUUAUUAUUAUUUGUCUUGCAGAGCAUCACUUUGGCAAGAGAGUUUUCUAGAAAUCUAGUUUUCUGUGUUACUGCAGUCAUUCAAGUGAAUUUUUUUCCCACCCCCCCUCACUUUUUGUUUGGGAAGUGUUUGCAAAAGUGAGGAAACUGCUGUGUAAAUGCACAUUCCUAAGCAUACUUUUAAUAUCUAAAAUGGUUCAAAGUUAACUGCUGAAAAUGAGUAAUUCACCCUAGUUGAAAAUGGGGUUAUGUGUGUUUAUAUAACUCCAUAGACUACAAAAUACAUAAAUAAGAUGACUUUUUUUUUGUAUUUAUGUGUCAAGAUUUUGUGUCUAAGAAUUGUAGAACAAAUGAAACUAUGAUGUGUGUAAUCAACUUUUUUACUUAAAUGCUAUUUGAACUUUCUUCUCAUGCUUACAUUGCAAAAAUGUGUAACUGUCAUAAAUGUAUGUCUGCCUUAAGUAAUCAUUUGGAGAAAUUUUUUUUUCCAUGGCACAAUUUAUAUUUGAUGGCAAUGAUUGCUGUCACUUGCAGAAGGAGCAGGUUUUAGUGUUUUAUAAAAAAAAACUGGUGAGCCCGUGAGUAUUUGACAAAGUAGAAUGCCUAAGAUAACCUAUAAAAAUGUGGCCCAGUUUAAAGCGACUCAUAAAGCUGAAAUCUCAUCGAUUCGUCCCAUCCAUCUGUCUGUCCAUCCAUCACGCGACGUACAGCAGAUUGGAUGGCAUGGAAAAUUCCAUUCAAAAUAUCGUCUGCCUGCCAAAACCUUAUCUUUAUUUAAAAGUUUUUUUUAUUAUUUUCCCUUUUCAAUUUUUAAACUGCUUCCGUAAUAGGUUUCUUUAACUUUCUUAUGGGCACAUUUUAAGUUAAAUUUUUUAAACAAAAAUUGUCUGAAACACACAAGUAAUUAAGUAUGCAGGGUAACAUAAAAGUAUAUUAAAAUUUUUCUUUCACUUUUAAGUGUUUAGCAUACACAUGUCACUUGGUAAAACUGUACAUAAAAUAUUCUGGAAAAUAUAAGCUUUAAUAGUUGGUAGCAUCCAAGUAGAAGAAUAUUAUCAUGGAUGUGGUGGAUCAGUGAGAGUCCAGCUAAAGUUGCAAGUGGUUUGUACUUUGUUGUAUCUGAGUGUGACAAGUGCUUGGUGCUUCUGUGAGCGACUACUGUUGAACACCAGUGGUGAGGAGAGAAGUUUAUUUGCAUUUAUAGUUGGAUCGUUGUAACAUAUGUAUUAUGGAAUUUUAUAUAUUUUAAAAUGAAAUUUUAAAAUUUAAGGGUAAAUAAAUGUAUUUUCAUGAAAAGUUA